GCCAUUAGUUUGUUAAUCUGGUCGAAAUUAGUUUUAUUUCUCUAAAYGGAGCUCAUUCAAAAAGUCUUCKACAGCAGGUAAGAUGUUAAUGUUUAGAACUUUUUCUAGAAMCCCACUUCAAAAGAUCAGAACACAGCUAUAAAUAAAAUAUGGAAAUCAAACCAUGACGCACAACUGGUCCACCCCCCCAAAAAAACAAAAACAAAGUUGUGUGCCGCACCUGCGCACCUCCUGUCCACUCAGCCCAGCUGGGGUUAUUUAAACGCACCGAGGAUGAGGGCACACAAACCUGAGCCAGCAGCCCUCCAGCAGAGACAUGAAGACGUUCAGCAGCAGGAAGCAGAGUCUGAUCGAGGAUGCGCGCCGCGAGCGCGGGAGCAGCUCCGCGGGCUCCCCGGGGCCCUCCAAGUUCGGAGACGGCUUCGUGUUUGAGGACAAAGAUGGCAAAGUCACUAUAAACGUCCUGUUCACGCUCAGCAAUGAGAAGAACUGYGGAUUCUUUCAAACGGGGAAAAUACUGGAGACGUUUGAAGCCAAACUCYUUCAUGUCGAGAGCCGGAUGAGGAAGAAGUCCAAGCUGGACCUGCCUGACCUGGAGUUCUUCAUGAGGUGUGAGGUCCAUCGCUCCGAUCUGGACGUGUUCAUCAACUCUCUGAAGAGGGUGGUGGGCGAUGUUCGCUGUGUGCCGGAGGAAAAAGCUGCCUGGUUUCCUCGACAGAUCAAAGACCUUGACAGAUGUAACCUCCUCAUUACCAAAUUUGAUCCGGACCUGGACCACGAUCAUCCCGGGUACAAUGAUUCAGAAUACAGAAAAAGACGAGCUGCCAUCUCCGAGCUCGCCUUCAGACACAAACAAGGCGACCCGCUGCCGCAGAUUGACUACACCGCAGAGGAAACCUCUACAUGGAGGCAGGUUUACCAGCAGCUGAGGAGCGUUUAUCAAACCCUGGCCUGCAGGCAGUUCUUAGACGGCCUGCAGCAGCUGGAGGACGAGUGUGGAUACGGACCGGAUCAAAUCCCUCAGCUCAGAGACGUCUCAGCCUUCCUGAAAGAGAAAACUGGUUUCCAGCUGCGUCCAGUUGCAGGCCUGCUGUCAGCCAGAGACUUCCUGGCCAGCUUGGCCUUCAGGGUGUUCCAGUGCACCCAGUACAUCCGACACUCGUCCUCGCCCAUGCACUCCCCUGAGCCAGACUGCUGUCACGAGCUGCUCGGACACAUCCCCAUGCUGACCGAUAAAGAGUUUGCGCAGUUUUCUCAGGAGAUUGGACUCGCCUCACUUGGAGCUUCAGAUGMGGACAUAGAGAAACUUUCCACGUUGUACUGGUUCACCGUGGAGUUUGGCCUCUGCAAGCAGAACGGAGAGGUGAAAGCCUACGGCGCCGGACUCCUCUCGUCAUACGGAGAGCUCGUUUACGCAAUGUCAAACGAGCCGGAGUACAAGGCGUUCGACCCGGAGGAGACAGCAGUGCAGCCCUACCAGGACCAGACUUACCARCCGGUUUACUUUGUGUCUGAAAGCUUCGAGGACGCAAAGAUGAAGCUAAGGAAGUACUCUGCCAACAUCAAGCGCUCGUUCGCCGUGCGCUACGACCCUYUAACCAGCAGCGUUGAGGUUCUGGACCAGCCUGGCAAGAUCCAAAAUGCUCUGAGCCAGAUGAGAGAGGACCUGAAGACCCUUCACGGCGCUCUGGAGAAGCUCGGCUCGUGUUAGGAGCCCCGUGUCAGAACCUGUGCAGAGAUCAGGGGAAACAAAUCUCACCAUAGUUGUCAUUUAUUUCCAUGUACUAUAUCGUGAAGAUGUAACAUAAAAUAAAUAUCUAUUUUCAUGAMGUGUCCUUUAAAGCUGUCUUUUUUUCCUCAAGAGGAACAGAGUGAACUACAACACACGACUCUAAGGCACUUUUCUUGCUCCUAAUUCCAAACCAACUAUUUUCAUUUGGAAACUUCUUGGAAGCCAUUUAUCUCCAUGUGUUAUUAAGCAGAGGGAAGGAGCUAAUUAUGAAUGAUUUAAGUAUUGUGUUCUCCUUGUGCUGGAUAAGGCCAGAGCCAGCAGUGAGGCCUAGAACACUGACAGGAACAGGUCACAGAGACCUCGCAGCCGACCACAGAGCGGUCUGCAAGGCUGAGCUGCUGACAGAUGCUCUUCUGGCUUUAUUUCUCCUCCUGCGUGCAAACAGGGAAUUUGAAACUCUCAAGGAUCUUUUCCCCCAUCAAAGUUUUGAUCUCCGAGCAGGCGACAAUGCAUAUCAAGAGCCACACACGUCAAAGCUUGCCCUCAAGAAGACAAAUCGUCUCCAUCUGCUGGAUUCAUACAGCAACAGCAUCAUGGAGACGGUGGCUGGCAAGGCCUUCUUUCCCAUAAUUCCUCUGCACGGUAAAUCAAGCCUCACUGGGAACGCCUGCACAGAGAAACAGAAGAAGACGAAGAAGAAGAAGAAAAGCUMAACUCUUUUGAAACCCGGUGCUCCGAAAGCCACAAUCCCUUCCGUGAAACCAAGGUUUUCUUAGUGAUGCACAGCGAGUUCAAACCAGGUUGCUGCAGCAACUACAACCACCAACAACGAAGAUUCGGCUGCAUUCCUGCGCCUUGCAAAGCUCAAAAACGGCGCAUCCUCUAAGAAAACGUGUCCCCACUGAUUGAUGUCAGGGCAAGAACAUCUCCAGUCUGGCUCGGUUGUCUCAUCUGAGCUGGAGGCGAUUCACUUUGACCUCAGGCCUGAAUCUUCUCCUCUUAAAUCAGCAGAAAGUUGACCCUGACAGAAAAAAUAAAGCCUUUGGAUAAGACUCAUUCGGCUGUUUUAAUAAGAACAAAACAUUUCUAAUUAUUUGCUGAACAUUCUUGGUUUGUAAAAUAUAAAUUUGUACAUUUUCUAAUGUUAUAAGUUAAAAA